AUGGCGCCUGUUGUGACAGGGAAGUUCGGGGAGCGCCCUCAGCCACAGCGCCUAACAAGAGAAGCAAUGCGGAAUUACCUAAAGGAGCGAGGGGACCAAACAGUCAUGAUCUUGCACGCGAAAGUUGCACAGAAAUCCUACGGCAAUGAAAAAAGGUUCUUCUGUCCCCCUCCCUGUGUUUACCUGAUGGGCAGCGGCUGGAAGAAAAAGAAGGAGCAGAUGGAGCGUGACGGCUGCUCUGAACAGGAGUCCCAGCCCUGCGCCUUCAUCGGCAUCGGCAACAGCGACCAGGAGAUGCAGCAGCUCAACUUAGAGGGAAAGAACUAUUGCACAGCCAAAACCUUGUACAUAUCAGACUCCGACAAGAGAAAGCACUUCAUGUUGUCCGUGAAAAUGUUCUACGGCAACAGCGCGGACAUCGGCGUCUUCCUCAGCAAGAGGAUCAAAGUCAUCUCCAAACCCUCCAAAAAGAAGCAGUCCCUUAAAAAUGCUGACUUGUGCAUCGCAUCAGGGACUAAAGUUGCCUUGUUCAACCGGCUGCGCUCCCAGACGGUCAGCACCCGGUAUCUUCACGUAGAAGGGGGAAACUUCCACGCCAGCUCGCAGCAGUGGGGCGCCUUCUACAUCCAUCUACUGGAUGACGAGGAGUCGGAGGGAGAAGAGUUCACUGUGAGAGACGGUUACAUUCAUUACGGACAGACGGUGAAGCUGGUGUGCUCCGUGACGGGAAUGGCUCUGCCCAGACUGAUAAUACGUAAGGUGGACAAGCAGACGGCGCUGCUGGACGCCGACGACCCCGUCUCCCAGCUCCACAAGUGUGCCUUCUACCUGAAGGACACCGAGCGCAUGUACCUGUGCCUUUCCCAAGAAAGGAUAAUCCAGUUUCAAGCCACUCCAUGCCCAAAGGAACCAAACAAGGAGAUGAUCAAUGACGGCGCCUCCUGGACAAUCAUCAGCACAGAUAAAGCUGAAUACACUUUCUAUGAGGGAAUGGGCCCCGUCCACUCUCCAGUCACCCCUGUGCCUGUGGUGGAGAGCUUACAGCUUAACGGUGGUGGAGACGUAGCCAUGCUGGAACUGACGGGCCAGAACUUCACUCCACAGCUGCGGGUCUGGUUUGGAGACGUGGAGGCGGAGACUAUGUACAGGUGCGGGGAGAGCAUGCUGUGUGUGGUGCCCGACAUCUCGGCGUUCCGCGAGGGCUGGCGCUGGGUGCGGCAGCCGGUGCAGGUGCCCGUCACUCUGGUGCGGAACGAUGGCAUCAUCUACUCCACCACGCUCACCUUCACCUACACGCCCGAGCCUGGUCCCCGGCCGCACUGCAGCGCCGCGGGGGCCAUCCUGCGCACUGGGAGCGCCAGCCUCAUGAACAGCCAGGACGCCGUCAACCUGUACGGGCCCCCAGGGACGAACCCCGGGGUCACGUCCUCCACCGCCGCCGCCGUGGUCUCCUAA